AUUCCGUCUCCGGCUUGUUGCCUUGCAAGCUCACACCGCUCACUACUAUCUCUCCCUGGUGGGGAGCUCUCAGGACAGAGGUCCCCCGGAAGUCCAGGCUGGCCAAGGGGCCAUGCUGGACACAGAAGGGCAAUAGAGGCCCCAGCCAUCCCCACGACCAGUGCACAGUGGCCAGGGCCCAGGGAGCCAUGGACAGCUUCAUGGAGUCACUGAACAGGCUAAAGGAGGCCCAUGAGAAGGAGGUCUUGGGCCUGCAGAACAAGCUUCUGGAACUGAACUCAGAGCGCUGCCGGGACGCGCAGAGGGUGGAGGAACUCUUCACCAAGAACCACCAGCUCAGAGAGCAGCAGAAGGCGCUGAAAGAGAACCUAAGGGCGCUGGAGAACAGGCUGAGGGCAGGCCUGUGCGACAGAUGCAUGGUCACCCAAGAGCUGGCCAGAAAGAAGCAACUGGAGCUGGAGAGCACCCACCUGCAGAGCCUGCAGCGCCUCUGUGUCCUCACCAAUGAGAUGAACAGGCUGAAGGAGGAGAACAAGACCCUGAAGGAGGAGGUGAAGCGGCUCCAGGGUCUGGGCGAUAAGCCUGCACCGCUGACUCGGGAGGGUGCCUCAGACCCUCCUUCGCCCCUGUCGCUCUCAUCCCCUGGUGGCUGGAAGGGUGCUGCUGAGAAUCCCCUAGCUGGCCCUGAGGAGGCUGAGGAGGACCAGGCCCGCACAGAAAAGCCAGCAAGCCACAGAAUGUCUCCAGUGGCCAGGAUCUCACCGGGUACCACUCUGCCCGAUCCUCGGGCCCUGGACAUGAGUCCCCAGUGCAUCUCCAACCAGCUGCACUCCACUGUUGCCGUGGUGCGGCCUGGCUCCCGAGCCUGCCCCAUGGACUGCGGCACCGCCAACGGGACACCCCCUCUGCCACCCACAAGGAGCAGCCCACCCAGCCCAACAUAUGAGCAUGGCCUUCCCCUGGACAGCUUCCUGCAGGCCUCACGGCCCUCAGCCUAUGAGUCCCUGAAGCGCUCCCUCCAGGCCGAACGCCUCUGCCUCCUGAACCGCCACCUGUCCCUACACCUGCGAAGCCCUCACCACAGCUCCCUGGCUCCUGCCACGGCCUCCCGCAGCCCCCAACCUCACAGCCUAAAAGCUGGGGAGAUGGAAGGCUGGGAAGAACCCACAGGCCUGUCAGGCCUGCCUGGCGCACUCGUAGGCAUUCACGACCCCCGGCUAGAGGGGGCACUGCACCUGCUCUUGGCCCAGCAGCAUCUAAAGGAACGGGCACGGGCAAGCAGUGCCAGGCUAAGAGGCCCAUCCAUGCCAGAAGAGAUGCCAACUUCUCCACCAGCCAGUUCAGAUUCAGAGACAUCUGACAGUGAGGCACCCAAGACAGCUCUGAGCACAGCAGCCCACCCUGGUGGGCAGCAUCCUCAGCCCACAGGCCCAGGCAGCUCCUGGAGGAAGAAGACAUACAUUGUCACACAGAACUGUGCCCCAGACAAGCCCCUGGACCUCUCUGACCGGGGCCGGGGCCGGGACACUCCCAAGUCCUCUGUCCAAGCUCUGUCACUUGGCCCUACAGCUUCCCAUACACUCAGACCGCAAUCACUCACCCCAUCUAGAUCCCUAAGUCAAAGCCCCCAACCCCUCAGCAAUGGUACCAAGGGGACCAAAGCUCCAGAGCCCAAGGAGCCCUCACAUGCUCUCUCGUGCCCCUAUGUCAGCCUGCCCUCUCCUGACGGAACGGCAGGAGAGGUUGGAGGAAGGCCAGGAGCAUCAGCCCUCCCACAGAGGCCUGACCCCGACAGGCGUCCAGAGGCCAGCAAAGCUGGGCCACAGAGGCCAGAGUCAGAAGAACUGGAGGAUCCAGACACCUCAGACAGUGAGGUGGGCUCUGAGGCAGGUGCCAAGCUGAGCAAGCCAGGAGAGGGAUGUGUUCGUCUGCAGGAGAAGAGGAAGAGAGCCUCAGACCCAGGGGACAAAGCCUUCAAGAAGCCAUCCCAAGGGAGGAAAAAGCCCAGGGAGGCCCUGACAGCUGAUGAUAGUCCCAGAAACCUAAAGGACACUGAGGACUGCAGCUCCUCCCCCAGCAACAGCAGCCAGGAGACCUAGCGGAAGGAACAGGCCAAGGGGCACCAUGCUGGUCCAGCAGUGGCUCCAUCUGACCAAUCAUGUCCUGCCCAGAUCAAACCACCAAACCAACAGAAAGCCUGGUACAAAUGGCGUGUCCAGGCCAGGCCUACUUCCCCAGGGGUUCACAAGUCC